GCGAGCUGCGCCGCGCGUCAGUGAGGGACACACACUCAGUUCCUGCAUAUGCGGCCACCGGCACCUCAUUGAAACACACCGACAAUGGACCUAUUCGAGUUUGACUUCUUCAGGGACUGGGAGCUGGAGCAACAGUGUCAUUACGAGCAGGACCGCUCGGCGCUCAAGAAGAAGGAGUGGGAGCGAAGGACGCAGGAAGUGCAGCAGGAUGAAGACUUGUUCUCUACCGGAUUUAAUCUGUUUGGUGAGCCGUACAAGACUAAUAAAGGGGAUGCCUUGGCCAAUCGGGUACAAAACACACUCGGAAAUUAUGAUGAAAUGAAGGAGCUCCUGACCAGUCAUUCCAACCAGAGUCACCUUGUGGGCAUUCCUAAGAACUCUGUCCCCCAGACUCCAGUGGAGAAACCUGACCAGCCAGGCUUUUUCCCUAAGGCUCAGCGGAGCCGACCAGCUCCAUCUCAACCUGGAAGCCACAGCACCUCCAUGCCCCCACCCCCUGCCAACACCAUACCAGGUUCAAGCGUCAUGCAUGGACAUAAAGGCAAAAAGUCACGCUCUUCAGACUGGUCCCGAGGGGGUCACAGUUCAAGUGGUGUCCAGACCACACAAGCGGCUAGCCGAGGCAAGCACUCCAGUCAUGAGCAGACCUCUAAUAGACAUGAUCAGGACCAAGAGGACUCAAGUCCCAAUCCCAAUGGACCUACUACUUCGUCACACUCCAGCAGGAAGCAGGCACAGUCUGGCAAAGGUCUAGCCACAGCUGAGCCUGGCCUCGGAAAGUCUCCCGCUGAACAGGACUCAUGUUCCCAUGGCUCAAGCUCACCACUGGCCUCUACAUCCCUGCUUCCCAGUGGCCUCUCAACGCCAACUUUCCCCCAAGGCCUCCACUGCAAGCCUAGCAGCGCUGUGCAGCAGAAACCCACUGCCUAUGUCAGGCCCAUGGAUGGCCAGGACCAGGUCCCCAAUGAUUCCCCAGAACUCAAACCCCCUGUAGAACUGGUGGAGGGGUACAACAGUGUGCCAUUUGGAGGUCUGUUGGAUACCAAAAGCAGCACGGCUGGGACCAAGGGCAAAAUUCCUAAGCUGACACUGCCACAAUCCGGGGAGGUCAGCCUGCCCAAUGACUCCAACUGUGUGGAGGAAAUUCUGCGGGAGAUGACCCACUCCUGGCCUCCACCCCUCACUGCCAUCCACACUCCAGGCAAAGCUGAACAGACCAAGUUUCCCAUUCCAUCAAAGGAUUCCCAGCAUGUGACUUCAGGAUACAAUGCAAAACGCUGCAGUGUUCCUAGUAACAAGCCUGCGACCAAGUCGGUACCGCAGAAGUCAAUGCUUGAGGAUGACCUGAAAAUCAGCAGCGAUGAAGAGGACAAUGAUCAGGCCGCUGAGAAGUCCAAGCCCAGGAGCACUGCACUCAAUCUUCCUGGAAGCACAGCAGCUCGGAGCAGCGAAGCGGCCGGUCACUCCAGCGGAGCGUCUGGAAGCUCCAGUGAAUCUGAGAGCAGCUCUGAGUCUGACUCAGACAGCGAGAGCAGCUCCAGUGACAGUGAGUGCAACAGAGCGUCCCGCGCCGCCACACCAGAGCCUGAACCAAGCAAGUGGCAACUAGAUAAGUGGAUUAAAAAAGUGAAUCCGCACAAUAAAGCACUAAUUAACACCCAGUCAGAUAGUCAUGGGCUUAACAGUUCUCAACCUGAUGAAAGCCAAACCUCUGAGAACCAGAGCUACAGCAAGAGCAAGCCCAGCACGGCACUGGCACCAGCAGACCCCAAGGAGAGAACAUUGCUCAGCCCCAUCCGAGAGAAAGCCAAACCCAAAGCUGGUCAGAAGGCUCCAGACAGCAAAAGCACCAAGGUGAAAUCACCAGCCUCAGUGGAGCUCGCUCCUCCCAGGAGAAGCACUGGAAAGAAGCAGCCCAAAAAGGUGGAGAGAUCUUCCAGCAGUGAGGAGCACAACUGGCCAAGACCAGGAAACUCAAGUUCUACCCCGAAAGAGAAAGAACCGCCGCCUUUAGAACCACCAAAGCCUAGAGGCAAGGGCCCUGCGGUGAAGACUGCUCCAAGAAAGGAACCUCGGACCACCACAACAAGCACUGCACCAACUAACAUCGCACCAGUUCCAGAUAAAAAGAAGCACCGUGGACCCAAUAAGAUAAUCCCCAAGUCUAAGGAAUUCAUCGAGACUGAGUCGUCUUCAUCAGAGUGUCAUUCGGACCCCGAGGAGCUCACUAAGGUUCAGCUUCCCUGUCCGGGUCCCAACACCCUAAGCUUGAAAUCCAAGGAUUGCAACAGCAAUAUCCUGAGUGUUAGUAGCCUUACCAGCACAAGCAGCACCUCCAUUCCUGACCCAGGUGCCUCAGAUCUCCUGGAAGAACCCCUGUUUUCUCCUAUCCCCAUUGUACAAAAUGAACUUUUGUCACCGCUGAGAGAUUUUGAGGACAUCAAGUCCCUUUGGGUAAAGAUUGAGCUCAGCUUCCUGUCACGGAUCCCAGGGCAAGACCCCCCAGAGCCUCCCCCAACCAAGGCUGAGUGCCGGGAGGUCAGCGUCAAGCACAGACGACAACAAUCGCCUGCCUCCAUCCCUGCAGAAAAGAACCCAGGCAAAUCAAAGAGGAAACACAAGUCUGAGCACUGUGACGUGAUGAGUGGAGGCAAGAAGCUUCGGUUGGACAAAGACACACUGCUGCUUCCUCCUUGUAUCUCGCCAAUACACAACCACAAGGUCUCCAGCACAAAAGAUUCUUUGAAGAAGCAACCUCGCAAGAAGGAUGAUAAGUUGUUACCGCCUCUACUAUCCCCGUUGUCUGUUGAGCCAGUGGGACGUCCUCGGAGGAGCAGUGAAUGCAGCUCCCUCAGUCAGGAAGGAAGCACAUCCACCAUCCCAAACAACCUCCCCUCCAGCCGUACAAUACCUGCCUCCAGCUCCUCGUCGUCAUCAUCCUCAUCACACAAACACCGCAAAGGAGAAAACAAAGCCUUCUCCCAUUCCAAGACCAGCAUUGAGGAAGACAGUCACAGUAAGCCAUCGGGUGGUUUUCACGGCAAUGGUCAGUCAGACGCAGACCUCUGGUCAAACCCUUCAGCUCUGGCAAUGGAGCACAUGGAGCCCCGGAGACCUAAACUCACAUUUAAUAACACUGUUCACAGUGCAGAUUACUACAUGCAGGAAGCCAAGAAGUUGAAGCACAAGGCUGAUGCUUUGAUGGACAAAUUCGGCAAAGCUGUGAAUUAUGCCGACGGGGCGCUUUCCUUCAUCGAUUGUGGCAAUGCCAUGGAACGAGACCCGUUAGAGGCUAAGUCACCGUACACGAUGUACUCUGAAACCGUAGAGCUCAUCAGGUACGCAAUGAGAUUAAAGAACUUCACCAGUCAUUCCGCAACAAUAGCUGAGAAGAAGCUUGCUGUACUGUGCAAUCGUUGUUUGUCACUUCUGUACUUGCGAAUGUUCAAGCUGAAGAAAGAUCAUGCGAUGAAGUAUUCCCGCUCACUAAUGGAGUAUUUCAAGAAUUCUGCAAAGAGCUCGCAAGCACCUUCGCCAUGGGGAGCCAAUGGAAAGAGCACAGGUACCCCGUCCCCAAUGUCCCUAAGUCCGUCUCCUGUCAGCUCGGUCAGCAGCGGCGCAGGAGCGAUGGGUUCUUCCUCGGCCUCUGGAAGUGUGGCCAUUCCCCAACGCAUACACCACAUGGCAGCCAGUCAUGUCAACAUCACCAACAACAUCCUGCGCAGCUAUGAACACUGGGAAACCGCUGACAAGCUGGCCCAGGAAAGUCAAGAGUUCUUUGUGGAGCUGGACUCAGUAAUGGAACCGUUGACGCAGCACAGCAGCAUGACAGAACUGGUGCGCUACAUACGCCAAGGACUGCACUGGCUUCGGCUGGAGGCCCAUUUGUUAUAGUGCUGGCGCUUCCACUGUGCUCUUCCUCUCUCUGUCUGUCUUUCUCUCGCUCUCUUCCCCACCGUUCAUCACUACCUCCACCAUCUUUGCCAUCCAGAACCCUGAGGGAAGUCGGCAGUUUACCACUAGCGAGCCUCAGAACUGUGAGUUUUUCCCUGGAGGGCUCCGUGUCCUCGAUCCUGCUUGAUUCCUGUAAGCGUGUCAGGAAAAUCUUGGGAUGUCGAGGAAGGAUGGCGCACUUCUGGGUCCUAUCAGCACAACGGGUGGCCAAAUUUAUGCCUCUGGUACAAGAACGGUAGCAGUGGGCAACUUGACAAAGCUGUCGAACAAAAUUCAACUAGUGACCUCUGUGUGGUGGACCGGGCAAAUCUCAUUUGCUCUGCAAGGCAGGUUAGGCCUGAAAUACACUUCACGCAAGUAUGAAAUGCCAGAUAUGAAUGCUUGAUUAGCAUAGCUCAGUGCACAACACUGAUGAAUAUUCUAGAUGUACAAUAUUAUACCUCAGCGAUCAAGGGAUAAUAGAGGUUCCUUGGUACACUACCGAAGUUUGGGGUCAGUAGGAUUUUUAAAUGUUUUAAAGGAGGCUUAUCCUGCUCGGCAAUGCUACAUUUAUUUCAUCAAAAAUACAGAACAAAUUGUAAUAUUGUGAAAUGUUAUUGCACUGUGAAAUAACUGUUCAAAAGUACAAUUUAAUUUAAUAAUUUAUUCCAGUG